AUGUUCCCUGCGCAGGCAUGGAAGAGAGCGACGUACAUCCGGAGUUGGCCGGCAGCGCGGCAGGCUCUAUCUUGGACGAUGGCGGCCAGCACCAGCUCACAGCCAGACCCAACCAAUGCUCGUCACGACGUUGAAGCGCCGCGCGAGGUAGCCUCCGAUUCCGCGCGCAGCCCAUCUCGGCAAGCGCAGCCAUCAAUCAGCUUCUUCUCUGGCAACCAGCCGAAAGCCAGGAAGCCCAACUCUCGACAGCUCUGCCCUGCCCUUCACUCCAUCCAGACGACUCACUCCGAUUACAAGGACAUGUUGAUUCCCUCACGCCUGCUCAUGGACGCCCUGACCGUGCCCAUGAACAGUAGAGGUGGACCGAUCAUGGUUCGGCCCAACGGCCGCGACUUUACCAAUGCGGAAGAGCGCGAGGACCCCGACGUUAGGAUCACGCCGGUGACGCUCUCACAGCGUCUGCUCAAGGACGGCGAUCGACUUUUGACUCUUGGCGAAAUCGAAGGCGCGGUCGGUGCAGGGAACAACUUUGUGUGGAAGACGAUCUGGGCUCUCCUCCAGAAAUUCAAAAGUACCGGCCUGGAGAGCCUUACGGAGGAACAGAUCUCGCGCGAGUUGUUCUCCCGCCUCCCCAGUUUGGGCACCAAUAAGGCUCAUGCACUCGCCUACAGCGGCCAUCGGACAUUGGAUGACCUGAUGGGCAGCGACAGGGUCAAGGCCAAAACCAAGAACUUUAUCCAGCUACUGCAAGUGCAGGACCGCGCGAUUCCGCGCGCCGAGGUUGAUGAGUUCCGCGAGCGGUUGCAGAAUGCGCUCGCUGGCUCCGUCCCAAAGUAUCGCUUUGAGAUUGUCGGCCCAUACCGACGCGGCUCAGCGUACACUCAGUCGAUCAAGGUACUUGUAUGGCACACGGACUUUGAGCGCCACGGACAGGAUGACUCUGGCAUUAACCAGCUUUAUCACAGACUCCAGCAAAACGGGCUGAUCAACUUGGAGGACAUGAUUCAGGGCGGACCGAACUCUCCAGGACAGCACACAACACUUCAGUGCCUCUCAUCACUCGACAAGGACCGUCCCGAACGCUUCCUCGAUAUCCGCAUUGUACCGACCGAGAGCGUGCCCUACCGGAUUUUCUAUGACACGGGGUCGAGCUGGCUCGUGAGCCACAUGAGGCUGGAGGCUAAGAAGCGUGGACUCGAGCUCUGGGCUCGCGGCUUGUACCCUCUGGGCCAACCGCGCCCCGCACAGACGGCCAUCCUCGUCGACAACGAGCGCGAGCUGUUUGAACUCCUCGACGUGCCGUGGAUCGAGCCCACACAGCGAGGGCCGAAGGGAGUCAACGUAAUGCUGCCCAAGUUGCGCGCGUGGUCGUCUGCGUCCCGCCCAUCUCCCGAUUAUCUGAAUCGCGUACUCUCACAGGCGACAGUCGUGAAGCCUGGCCGAAUGCACCCGACCAACGUGCCCGAGAUCGUCGCCGCCUCGCGCCUUCCCCUCCCGAAGGCGCGCACGCGUGACGUCCCGGCGUUCCCGGCGAUCGACAUCGGGGGCUCCACCACCGACAUCGACAUGAUCCAGCGGCGCGCGGCGGCCAGCCUGUCGCGUAGCCGCUUUGAGAAGGAGGAGCUGAAGCGCGUCGAGCGGCAGCAGCGCGAGGGGGCCGAGGCGUAG